CUGCCCCGCACGAAGAUGGCGGUGAGGAUGUCACUCAGCAGAUUUGGGUGCUGUCACGUGACUAAUCGGAGGCUGCGGGUUUUUUUUCCUGCACGACAGAUUCGAGACGGCGUGGGCGAGGAGGUGCUGAAAAUGUCCACGGAGGAGAUUGUGCAGCGAACCCGCCUGCUCGACAGCGAGAUCAAGAUAAUGAAGAGCGAGGUGCUGAGAGUUACCCAUGAGCUGCAGGCCAUGAAAGAUAAGAUCAAAGAGAACAGUGAGAAGAUCAAAGUGAACAAAACCCUGCCUUACCUCGUUUCCAAUGUCAUCGAGCUACUUGAUGUUGACCCCAAUGACCAGGAAGAGGAUGGAGCAAAUAUUGAUCUGGAUUCCCAGAGGAAGGGCAAGUGUGCUGUGAUUAAAACCUCCACACGCCAGACAUAUUUCCUGCCCGUGAUCGGGUUAGUUGAUGCAGAGAAGCUAAAGCCUGGAGACCUAGUGGGUGUGAACAAGGAUUCUUACUUGAUCCUGGAGACCCUACCUACUGAAUAUGAUUCACGAGUGAAAGCCAUGGAGGUGGAUGAGAGGCCCACAGAGCAGUACAGUGACAUCGGUGGGCUGGAUAAACAGAUCCAAGAGCUGGUGGAGGCCAUUGUCCUGCCAAUGAAUCAUAAGGAGAAGUUUGAAAACCUGGGUAUCCAGCCCCCCAAAGGAGUGCUCAUGUAUGGGCCACCUGGAACAGGGAAGACCCUCUUAGCUAGAGCAUGUGCUGCCCAGACAAAGGCAACAUUCCUGAAGCUGGCUGGCCCACAGUUGGUACAGAUGUUCAUUGGAGAUGGAGCCAAGCUGGUGCGAGAUGCCUUUGCACUGGCCAAGGAGAAAGCUCCUUCUAUCAUCUUCAUUGAUGAGCUGGAUGCCAUUGGCACCAAGAGAUUUGACAGCGAGAAGGCUGGCGACCGGGAAGUGCAGAGGACCAUGCUGGAGCUUCUGAACCAACUUGAUGGAUUCCAACCCAACACACAAGUCAAGGUGAUUGCUGCAACCAACCGUGUGGAUAUCCUGGACCCUGCUCUGCUCCGGUCUGGACGCCUAGAUCGUAAGAUUGAGUUCCCGAUGCCCAAUGAGGAGGCCAGAGCUAGGAUUAUGCAGAUCCAUUCACGCAAGAUGAACGUCAGCCCUGAUGUGAAUUACGAGGAGCUGGCUCGCUGUACAGAUGACUUCAAUGGAGCACAGUGCAAGGCUGUGUGUGUGGAAGCGGGGAUGAUCGCACUUCGGCGUGGAGCCACAGAGCUCACCCAUGAGGACUACAUGGAAGGAAUCCUGGAGGUUCAGGCCAAGAAAAAAGCUAAUCUGCAAUACUAUGCCUAAUCUCUACACUGCAAUCAGGAACAAGAGCUACAGCUGCACAUUAGAGAGGAUUCAGAGAUGAAAUCCAGCUCCACAGUGAGUCAUUCCAUCUUCUGUUGUACAGGGGCUAUGGGGACUUGAACCACAGCUGGAGGACACAAUCAAAAACUACUGGAACAUUUGGUUUUUGCUAUUUAUUUUCAUUUUGUGCCUAAGUCAAAGAGCUUCUCCUCCAACCCCUCACUCAUCCAUGUUAAUAAAUCUCUCUUGGGUCAGUAAAUCAUGCUCUUUAGAACAGAAUUUUUGUUGUAUCUCACCUCGUAACUACUCUCUGUAGAUUGUCUAUCUGGAUUGUAAGCACAUUGGGACAGGGGCUGUCUUCAUACCUGUCUAAGUCAGACAGCACACUGUUUGCACUAUCAGAAUAAAAUACUAUAAUGUUCAAACAA